AUGGCUCUUCUGUCGAAUCACCACGAGUACGCGAUCUCGACCGACGUUAUAACAACCACGUACUCGACCACCACGCGAACUUAUGACACUCUGUAUCCCUCGCCGUACAACUCGCCGAGUUACGAGUCCGUCAAGAUCCCGUACGGGGAGAAUUUCGCGCACAAAGGUGAGCUCACGCCGCGGAAAGAGGCGGAAACGAUCGGCUACGGGAAAGAGGUAGUCGCAAAGUAUAUUUCGAGAACACCGGAUUCGUACGAGCGAAGCUCGUUUAGUGUUUUGACACCUGUGACACCUCGGAGGUACGAGCCACAGCGCGCGAUAAAUCACACUGCUUCUCCAGGAACGGUGUUACACGAAGACAACUCCGUGGAGUAUCAUCCACCGGCCUACUGCUAUGAAACUCCGCCUCAGGAGCAGAAGUUUCAAAUCCUCGAGAGCGGGAAACCGAUGCAAAUGGGCAUCGAGCAACGAAGAAAUUGCUGGGAGCCUGUUACAUCUGCACAGAAGCAAGUGUCACCUACCAGCAGCCCUCGCAGAGGGAGGCGACGCUCGAGGGACAUUCCGCCGUCGCCGAGCGUGUUGAAGCGCCGGCGUUUGGCCGCGAACGCGCGCGAGAGACGCCGAAUGAACGGGCUGAACGAUGCUUUCGACAAGCUGCGCGAAGUUGUGCCGAGCCUCGGCGCGGAUCACAAGCUCAGCAAGUUCGAGACGUUGCAAAUGGCGCAGACUUACAUCGCGGCUCUCUGCGACCUCCUCGAGAGACACGACGGCAAAUGGCAAUGA